AUGAAUGAUAAUAACUUGAAUUCUGCCGAUGAAGAUAAAUUAAUCUCAUGCAAAGUCGUUUUAAUUGGAAACCCUGGUGUUGGCAAGACAUCGCUUGUUAAUUACUGGAUCAAUGAAAAGUUUACUCGUAGAUAUGCUCCUACAAUUGGUGCAAAUCAUUUAAGAAAGCUAAUCAAAGUCGAUGACGAGACAGUAGAUGUAUGUGUAUGGGAUACUGCUGGCCAAGAGCAAUUUUUAUCUCUUGCUCCACUAUAUACUCGUGCAGCUGCUUGCGCAAUUGCAGUAGCUGCAAUUGAUGAUAUCGAUUCAUUCAAGGCUCUUCCUACAUGGGUAAAUAUGAUAAAUGACUCUUGUGAUGAAAUACCGCCAAUCUUAUUAGCCAUUUCAAAGACAGAUCUAACAACACCCAAUUGCCCAACUGAAGAAUAUAUCGAAACUAAUUACGGCACUUAUUUUGCAGGAAUUUUUUACACAAGUUCCAAAUCUGGAGAGAAUGUUGGUCUGCUUUUCACACAGGCAUCUAAACUAGGACUCAAUUUUAUUAGAUCACGUCAUAAUUUCAAAACAAAUAAAACUGAUCUCAACGCUGCAACUUAUCUUGAGCCAAAAGAACAAAAAUGUUGUUAA